CUCCGCAUUGACUUGCUUAUUUUUCUUUCAAGAUGGGGAAGCAUGAGCUAUUUUGCGUUUUGUUGGUAGUGAUUCCUGGCCUUGUAACUUCUGAUUUUUUAAUAGAACAGUUCAGGAAUAUUCAGAAAAGACAUGCUGCUGAUGUGCACACCAAAGGAAUUGAAAUCUACUGGAUGAAGAUUGAUUGCAGAGUUACUUCCCGGUUUUCCCGAAAUGUCGUCACCAGUCGUGCUGUCAAUCGUGCCAAUGUAUCCAAGGAAGCCUUCUUUGAUAUGGAACUUCCUAAAACGGCCUUCAUUACCAAUUUUACCAUGUCAAUUGAUGGUGUUAUCUAUCCUGGAAUCAUAAAGGAAAAAGAAGUUGCUCAGCAGCAGUACCAGAAAGCAGUUUCAAGUGGACAGACUGCAGGUCUCGUAAAGGCCUCUGGAAGAAAAACAGAGAAAUUCAGUGUUUCAGUCAACAUUGCUGCAGCCAGCAAAGUCACUUUUGAGCUGACCUAUGAGGAACUGCUGAAGAGAAACUUUGGGAAAUAUGAGAUGUUCAUAAAAGUGAAUCCAAAGCAACUAGUGAAUAAAUUUGAGAUUGAUGCAAACAUAUUUGAGCCUCAGGGUAUCAGUGAUCUUGAAGUAGAAGGAACAUUCAUCAAUAAUGAUUUGUUACCAGUGUUAAAGAAGUCUUUCUCAGGAAAAAGGGGCCAUGUUUCAUUCAGUCCCACCAUUGAUCAACAACGAAUCUGUGAUAAUUGUACAACCUCUCUGCUGCUAGGAGAUUUUGUCAUUAAAUAUGAUGUGAACAGAGAUUCUCCAAAUAAUUUACAGAUUGUCAAUGGGUACUUUGUACACUUUUUUGCACCAAAAAAUCUUACACGUUUGCCUAAGAAUGUUGUGUUGGUAAUAGACCAUAGUGGUUCCAUGUAUGGAGAGAAAAUUGUGCAGACAAGGCAGGCACUAACAAAAAUAGUUGAAGAUUUAAAGGAAGAGGAUUACUUUAAUUUGAUACCUUUUGCAAGCAGAGUUUCUACAUGGAAAGAUACUUUAGUUAGAGCUACUCCUGAGAAUGUGAAUGAAGCAAAGCAAUUUAUUCAGACAAUUACUGCGAGUGGAUCAACAAAUCUUCUUGGCGGUUUAUUGAUUGGAGCUGAGGUGCUAAAUAUAGCUCACCAAAAUGGCACUGUGCCUGAAAGAAGUGCUUCCUUAAUUAUCAUGUUAACAGAUGGUCAACCUGAUCAUCCUACUGACAUAAUUUAUCGUGACGUUCAAAAUAAAAUUCAAGGAAAAUAUCCCUUAUACAAUCUUGGGAUUGGCUAUGAUCUUGACUAUGCAUUUAUAGACAAGCUGGCAAAAGAAAACAGUGGAUUGGCUCGUCGCAUCUAUGCAGACUCUGAUACAGCCUUACAGUUACAGGGUUUUUAUGAUGAAGUGGCCAAUCCCUUGCUUACCGAAGUGACAUUAGAGUACUCUGAAAAUGCCAUUUCUGACUUGACUCAAAAUAGUUUUAAACACUUUUAUGAUGGCUCAGAAAUUGUUGUAGCUGGACGAAUCACAGACAAUGAUCUGAACGUUAUUACUACAGAGGUGAAAGCUCAUGGUGCAUUUUACGAUCUGACUUUCUCUGAGCAAGCAGAUAUAGAAGAAACGGCUAAAGCCCUCGAAGAUCAGGAAUAUAUUUUUGGGGAGUAUAUUGAGAGACUCUGGGCUUAUCUCACUAUUCAGCAGCUUCUGGACAAACGUGACACAGCAACAGGAUAUGAAAAGUCAAAUCUUACUGCUGAAGCCCUGGAAAUGUCUCUGAAAUAUAAAUUUGUGACUCCUUUGACAUCCAUGAUAGUCACAAAGCCAGAAGACAAUGCAGAUAAAGAGGCAAUUGCUGACAAGCCUUUAGAAGGUACAUAUUUUAGUCUUGCUUUGUACAGAAUUGAUCCCAUUAUACAGAUAUCAAAGCCCAUCAUACACAUAUACAAGUGGAACAUGGUGACACCAGCAUGGCAUUGUGUCAACAGUGUGGUACUGAAGUAUCCGCAUACCUACUGGUACUCGCGCUACCUAUCUAAACAUAAAUCUCUGUUUGCAGUUGAUGGAGACCCACACUUCAUUAUAGCUGUGCCCCAGAAGGAAGAUUCCCUUUGUUUUAAUAUUAAUGAAGACCCAGGCAUUGUGUUAAACCUAAUCAGAGACCCAGUUACAGGCAUUACAGUCAAUGGGGAGCUUAUUGGAGAUGAGAGGACCAGUAAUGAUGCAGCACCACAUAACACCUAUUUUGGAAGACUUGGCAUUGUAAAUGUGCAACUGAACUUAAAACUUGAAGUAACUCCGCAGAAAAUCACCCUCUAUAAUGGCUCAAAGCAAAUGACAUUCACUUGGCUUGAUGAAGUCAUCUUACGGAAUUCAGGUUUCACUCUGAAAAUUAUCAAGAAAAGGAGUCUGGAAAUCUCACUGGGAGCUGGAGCAAGAUUUAUAGUGAUUUUGCAUCAAGCAUGGAGGAAAAAUGGAGUACGCCAGGAUUUUCUAGGAUUCUACACAGUGGACAGUCACAGAUUGUCUGAACACACCCAUGGCUUAUUAGGGCAGUUCUUUCAUCCAAUUGAUUUUGAUAUUCUGGAAGUCCACCCUGGAUCUGAUCCUCAGAAACCGGAUGCCACCAUGAUUGUCAAAAAUAAUCAGCUGAUAGUAACCAGAGGGUGGCAGAAAGAUUACACAGAAGAUGUUCGGCAUGGAAUGAAUGUCCCUUGUUGGUUUAUUCACCACAAUGGUGAAGGUCUAAUUAAUGGCUCAUACACAGACUAUAUUGUUUCCAGUCUCUUUUAGGCUAUAGAUGUAUUUCUGUUUGCCUGUGAGAAUUAUACUGCUACUGAUUUUUAGUAUUGUCAUAGAUUAGUUUUUUGUGAUUCCUAGUGGACCACAAUACUGCUGAUCUGAAUUACUUCAAAUCACAUUUCAAGAAGGUAGAUCCUCUACUCUACAGAAUAAUGGAGCUGGAUCCAAUGCACUGUUCCUCUGGCACAAUUUUCACCUUAUUCCCAGUUCCACUUUGGGGUUUGUUUCCGGGUCCCACAAUCCCGGGCAUAAUCCUGUUUAAAUAAUCAAAAGAACUCUUCUAACCUUUUACAAUGGCAAAAUAGCUGGUAGAAUCCAACCUAUAGCCUGGUAGGUCCUCACAAGUAACAGUUCUUCACAUGCAAUAUAAUUGGAAUACAGCAUACAUAUUUUCCAGAGUGCAAGUUAAUAUGAUUUUUUGAGAUCAGCAGGAUAUUGAAUUCUCCACAUGAAGUGACCUUUAAAUAAAAUUGGAAAGAUGGA